GUUGCUGCGGAGUUCACAGCAGCUACGUUUGAAUACCACCGGCGGAGUUUUGAAGUUAGCGCACUGUAGCAGCGCCCAACAAGUUUGUGUUACACUUCGGUUCGUCUUCAUGGUAACAUAAACCGCUGAGUGUGUGUUCUGGAGACGUUAAAGACGUGGAAACACAGAGCUCCGCUUUCCAUUUGCUGUCGGGUUUUUGUUGGACCAGGGUUUUGUGGUGCUGGUCGACGUGAAGGUGGUUGUUGACUCACUGUCGCCAGCACGAGUGUUGAUCCCCACGUUGCAUGUGGAGCAUGUGCUCGUUGUUAUUUUAGUUUAUGUGCAGUUCUGCGUGUUACAACUUCCGUCAGUUUUGUAUUUACUUUAUAGGCUCACGAUGGAAGUCUAACCAGGGCAGAGUUUAGAUUUUAGCGUGGAAACUGCUCCUCUGUUCGGCUAAUAAAGGGCGCUUUUGGGGAAACGUGAAACAGUAUCACAUUGACUUCAGAGAACAUGCCUAUUAGGCGCUUUGGGGGUCACAGGUCUCUGGUCUCUCACUCUCCAAAGCUGUCUUAUGGUUACACCAAAAUGAAUAUUUCAAGAAGUGGCUACCGUGUUUUCUCUGCAAACUCCACCAGCGCCUGCACCGAGCUAGCCAAGAAGAUCACAGAACGCUUGGGUGUGGAGUUGGGCAAGUCGGUGGUUUAUCAAGAGUCAAAUCGAGAGACUAGAGUGGAUGUGAAAGAGUCUGUCCGUGGACAAGACAUCUUUAUCAUUCAGACCAUUCCCAGAGAUGUUAACACGGCCAUCAUGGAGCUGCUGGUUAUGGCUUAUGCCCUGAAGACGUCCUGUGCCAAGAACAUCAUCGGUGUCAUUCCCUACUUUCCUUACAGCAAGCAGUGCAAGAUGAGGAAGAGAGGAUCCAUUGUCUGCAAGCUGCUAGCUUCUAUGUUAGCUAAAGCUGGGCUAACUCACAUCAUCACCAUGGACCUCCACCAGAAAGAAAUCCAGGGCUUCUUCAGCUUCCCUGUCGACAACCUGAGAGCUUCCCCCUUUCUUAUCCAGUACAUCCAGGAGGAGAUCCCUGAUUACAGGAACGCCAUCAUUGUCGCAAAGUCCCCUUCAGCUGCCAAAAGAGCUCAGUCCUACGCUGAGAGGAUGCGACUUGGGCUGGCAGUGAUGCACGGGGAGGCCCAUCACUCGGAGUCGGACAUGGCUGACGGUCGACACUCUCCCCCCUUGUCCCGCACCACCGCAGGACACACCGGCCUGGAGCUGCCAUGCAGCAGACAUCAUGUCCCAUUCCCUGGGAUAGAGCUCCCAAUGAUGAUGGCAAAGGAGAAGCCGCCCAUCACUGUUGUUGGAGAUGUAGGAGGCAGAAUCGCCAUCAUUGUUGAUGACAUCAUAGACGAUGUGGAGGACUUCAUUGCAGCAGCAGAAAUCCUGAAGGAGAGGGGAGCCUACAAGAUCUACAUCAUGGCUACACACGGCCUGCUGUCUGCAGACGCGCCAAGACUAAUAGAGGAGUCUGCUAUCGAUGAGGUGGUGGUGACCAACACUGUGCCUCAUGAGGUGCAGAAGCUGCAGUGUCCAAAAAUCAAAACUGUGGAUGUCAGUAUGAUCCUGGCUGAGGCCAUCCGGCGCACCCACAACGGAGAGUCCAUGGCCUAUCUGUUCCGCAACAUCGCUGUGGAUGACUGAGGCAACACACACUUACACUUACAUUCCUGCACACACACAAAGCAAACAUUACCAAGCACACACCAAUGACCAAGAAUCAGGUUUACUCCAAUCUCUACUUUAGCCUGUUGUUCCUGUUUGUUUUGCUGUUAUUAUUGACAGAAAUUGGCUUUAUUUACUGUAUGUUACAUAUGACGCAGCCAAACUCUGCUUUAUUCCUCUGAUAUGUUACAUAUGGGACUGUGCAAACAAUUAAAACUGUUUGACUGAACUAAUAUUUGCUUCCUACAAUCUGAAAACAUGAAUUGAAAACAUGAACAGCACAACGAAAUGUAUCAUGUGCAGCCUCUCCGUACGCUGCAGAAUUUGACAAAUAAAAAAUCUUUUUGGGUG